AUGGCUUGGGGCAAGCCAGUGCCCAGGGACCUCAGCAUGCGCGAUGUGCUGAUUCUGAAUUCUCAGAUCGAGAAAGAGGAACGUGUCAUGGUGAAGGCUUAUGAGAAGGACUUGGAGACCAAGCGCAAGGAGAAGCUCCGACGAGAAGCGAAGAAAAGCCGGGACGAGGAGAAGAGGCGACGGGUCCGGUCGGACCGGGGUGCUCAGCUCGUGGAGGAGGGCCGCAGCUCCUCAUCUGGAAGGCCGCGGCGGAGUGCCUCCUCCUCCGCUCUCUCCAGAUCGACCGUGGAGAGUGAAAGAGACGCUCCCUAUUUGCCAGAGGACUUGGCCGCCCUGAAGAGCUUUCCUUUGGUGGAUGAGUGGCUCAUGAAGGUCCGUCUACACGAGGUGGACGGUCGAAAGCCCCAGCUCCGCUUCGAGCCGCGGCGGAACUCAGCCCACUGGGUGCCUGGAAGCAGGAUGUAUGUUGACUACAAGCCCGUGUUCUAUUUGGAGUGA